AGGUGUUGCGUUCUUCUGACCAGUUGCGGCAAAGAAUGGCCUGGGCGUUGUCACAGGUUUUGGUUGUGGGUACUGGUGGUUUCGGCUACGAGCGAGACAGUGAACUUUGGAUAAACUACUAUGACAUUUUGGUGAGGAAGGCCUUUGGAAACUACCUGGAUCUCUUGAAGGAAGUCACCUUCAGCCCGUUGAUGGCCGAGUACCUCUCCUUUUUGAGAAAUUCUGCCUAUGAUCACGACCAAAACUACCCUGACGAGAAUUACGCACGCGAGGUGAUGCAACUCUUCACUAUUGGCACCGUAAAACUGAACCUUGAUGGUUCACAAGCUUUGGAUGGAAAUGGAAAUCCCAUUCCUACUUACAAUAACGAGGACAUCAUGACCCUGGCCCGUGUGUUCACUGGUCUCGACCUCGAGUUGCCAAGAGCAAAUGUGGAGGAGGUUCGAAGCUCCAGCGGAACGAAUCGGAUAGAUCCAACGCAGAUGAUCGAGCGCUGGCACGAUUCGUAUCCCAAGCAGGAUUUGGACAAGAACUACCUGGGUGACGGUCUGCCCUUGUGCUCAGAGCUUCCAAAAAGAUCCUUCUUGAUGCAGGGCGCCCGCUACGAGUUCUUGCAAAGCUACAGUGAAAAUUCGCUCCAAAUUGAUGCAUCUUCAGCCCUCUACAAAGCUCUUUGUGGCUCCGAGUCAGGAGAGACUUGGGCGAAUGCAGACCCCAAACGCUAAACGUGUUUACUUUUGGGACGAACAUGCGGCAUGGCAAGAUGCCAACCUUC